AACAAGAACGUGGCCCUAAGGAACUAUAUACACAUAAAAAAAUUCGUGGAUGGGUAGAAUGUACAGCUUGUGGAAAAUGGCAUUGUCUUUAUGGCCAACAUUUACUAAAUGAUGAAGAAGAAUUACAAUAG